GGUUAGCGGCCGUUCGCCUACCAGCAUCGAGCGGGCGAGACAUGAGGGAAAGCGAAGGCGAGGCUGGGUCUAGACGACGCGCUACAGGAACCGUCUUCCAGUUCCAGAUGGGCCGUCGUUUCUCGCCCAUGCGGCAACGGAGACAAAACGGAGCCAGUGGCUUCUUCUAGCUCCUCUCCAUAUCCCUAGCCGUGACGGCUUCAAGGCCUAGGCUAGUUGGAUGUCAAUCCACUAUGAUGUUUUUUUGUCGGAAAACACUCGCAUCGUCGACAACCAUCGCCCAGGAAUCCCAUAACUCCGUUUCGUUGCACCUGCCAUUUGCUUUGUCUCCGACCUUCUGCUCACGCCGGCUGCGAGGGCCAAGUCAGAUCAACCACUCCAUCCUUCUGUUCCUACCUCACCCCUGCAAAUAUCAUGACACUUCACGCAUAAAACUACCGUCGCUAUGUUUCGUUGGAUGGGCUUCUUACGUGCCAAGCUUAUCAGGCCUGCGGUUACUGCCGGCGCUUUUUUCCGACAGACAACUCAACCAUGGAAACCUGUGCCUAGUUCUCUUCACAUUGUGCCAUCAACCAAGGGCAAGACAGUCUACGAACUUCUUACUCCUUUUCGUCUGUCCCGGGCGAUUACUUGGUGUUAGUACUUCUCAAACCCCCAUGUCAUUCUUUGCCGGGUCUGGCUGUUACCACACGACCCCCAGUCCGACUUAGAUUCGACCAUAUGCCCACCACACGCCCCAGGAGCAGGUGGAACA